AUGGAUGAGACUGAGCCAACUCUUGACCCGGUAAUUCUUGAGAGCAGUAAUGCAAAUGAAGAUGAGGUAGAUACUGAAGAGCUGAGAGAUAAUGAUGAAAUCAACGAGGAAGAGAAACACCACGAUGAAAUCUAUGUUGGUGAGGAAGAGAAGCACAAUGGUGAAAUCAAUGAGGUGAUACAACACCAGGAAAGUGGAGACCAAGAUGUCCCAAAGAUACCAAGUUUUGAUAAAGAUGUGAUGGACCAAACUGUGCACGCUGAUAGCAAAAGCAGUGUUUUUAAGCAUAAAGAACUGAUGGACCAGAAUGAGCAGCCUGACUUUUCUCCUGGCAGCGUAACUGCUAGUCUGUCAUCUCUCAGGAAGCAAUCCCGAAGCAGCCAACAGCAGCAGCUUCCAGGCCAGGAAUCUCGUCAUGGCAGCCAGCAGCUUGUAGGCCAUGAGUCUCGCCGUGGCAGCCAGCAUAGCCAGCAGCUCCCAGGCCAGGAAUCCCGGCAUAGCCAGCAGCUUCCAGGCCGUGAAUCUCGCCAAGGCAGUCUGCACAGUCAACACCUUGUAGGCCAGGAAUCCCGACAUAGCCAGCAGCUCCCAGGCCAGGAGUCUUGCCGUGGCAGCCACCAUAGCCAGCAGCUCAUAGGCCAGGAAUCCCGGCAUAGCCAGCAGCUUCCAGGCCAGGAAUCCCGGCAUAGCCAGCAGCUUCCAGGCCAGGAAUCUCGUCAUGGCAGCCAGCAGCUUGUAGGCCAUGAGUCUCGCCGUGGCAGCCAGCAUAGCCAGCAGCUCCCAGGCCAGGAAUCCCGGCAUAGCCAGCAGCUUCCAGGCCGUGAAUCUCGCCAAGGCAGUCUGCACAGUCAACACCUUGUAGGCCAGGAAUCCCGGCAUAGCCAGCAGCUCCCAGGCCAGGAGUCUCGCCGUGGCAGCCACCAUAGCCAGCAGCUCAUAGGCCAGGAAUCCCGGCAUAGUCAGCAAUCCAUUAGCCAGCAGGUUCUACAAAGCCGUAAGCCUUCCAGAACACAGCCUAUAAAUGAAGUUGAAACCAAGGAGGACAUGACUUGGAUCAGCCAAAGAACAGGCAAAGUUAUGAAAUGUGAAAGCCAACAGACCAGUAGAGUCUGGGAGCACAAGCCACUUGCUCAGAUUCUACAAUCUUUUGGUCAAGUACACCCCAAAAGCAAAAGCGCAGAAAAGGGAGCAGAACAGCUUGCAAGAAAACAGUCUGAAGUGGCUCGACUCAGCAGCCAAGACCUAAAAGGUCAAGCAUCCCAAUAUGAUAGUCAGCAGCAACCUAAAGAGGAUGUGUCGUGGAUCAGCAAAAGAACAGGGAAGUUAAUGAAAUGCACAAGUCAGCAGACAAGCAAAAUCUGGGAGCGAAAACCUCUUGCAGAAAUUCUUUGUCUUUCUAGACAACCAGAGGUUACCAGUGAUGCUGGAGAAAAAGUGGUAACUGCUGAAGAAGAGAGUGUUGCUCCCAAGGAUUCAGAAGUUAAACCAACUGAAGUGGCAGAGGUGCACCUCAGCAGCGAAGAAGUUCAGGAAUCCCAGCAUGACAGUCAACAGGUGGAACAGCAAGAAUCCCAGCAUGGCGGUCAACUGGUGGAAGGAGAGGUAGCAAUUCCUGAUGAAAAAUCAAUAGAUGAAACACUGCAGACUGAUAGCAAAGUAAGCUUUUUUAGCCAUAAAGAACUGAUGGAUCAAAAUGAGCAGACAGACUUCCCUCCUGGCAGUGUACGCACUAGUAUAACUUCUCUCAAGAAACAGCAGGAAUCCCGGCAUGGUAGUCAACAGGCAGAAGGGCAGGUGAUCAACCAAAUGCUAAAGAAGGACAAUUCCUUGAAGGUAAUGAAUUCCAGGGAGAUGCUCAGGAAUCUAAGUGGUAGUCAACCACUGGAGGAGACAGAAUCCCAAAUAUGCAGGCAACAGCCUGAGGUUCAAGAGUCCCAAAUAAGCAGCCAACAACCAGAGGUGCCAGAGUCCCAAAGGGGCAGCCAAGAGCCAGAGGUGCCAGGAUCCCGGAAAGGCAGCCAACAGCCAGAGGUCCAAGAGUCCCGCAGGGGCAGCCAACAGCCAGAGGUGCCAGGAUCCCGGAAAGGCAGCCAACAGCCAGGGGUUCAAGAGUCCCGCAGGGGCAGCCAACAGCCAGAGGUCCAAGACUCCCUCAGGGUCUCACAGCAAGAGCCAGAAGUGCCAGGGUCCCAGAAGUCCAGUCAGCCAGUUGUACAGCAGGAAUCUCAACAGCAAAGCCAACCACCUGUGGGUGAUGUGAUUGAACAACCAGGUGCCUCUGAAAGCCAAGGGACAAUAGGGAGCAUGGUGUCAUGUGUAGAAGGAGCAGAUAUAGCUCUGCAGACAUACAGCAUAAUUUCUCUAGAAGAUGGAAUUUGGCUGAACAGAAAAACGGGCAAGUUUUUGAUGAGCCAUGGUCAACAGACAAGAGUCACUUCACUUCUAUCUGUCAAUCAAAUAGCAAUGGAAGAUGCAGCAAUUGUUCCAAAGCCAUCUGGACUUGGGACUGAUGGUGAGGAAGUGGGGGCCAAAGCUUCAGGAAUGCAUCAAAGUAGUACUACAGCUGAAGUAAAGGCUGGUGAAGACCAGCAGCCACUAUUAGGCCAAGAAUCCCACCAUGACAGCCAGCCAGCUUUGAGCCCAAGCCAAGAAUCCCACCAUGACAGCCAGCCUCCAUUAGGGCAAGAGUCCAGCCACAGCAACCAGCAAGCCAGUGGCAGUCAGAAGGAAGGAGAACUCCAGGGCACAGAUGAUGUCAAAAAAGUGUUGAGCCAUCGCUUGAGCGAGGCAACCCUGCAGAACAUAGCAGCUGCAGACGGAGAUGAUAAUAUAUCUCAGCGAAAUUACAGUACUAUUUCUUUAGAGAAAGGAUCUUGGGUCAACCAAAGCACAGGUAGGAAGGUAGUAUCUCAGCAUCUGCAGACCGAAGAGUCUUCCUUUAAGAAGCUUGGUGAAGAUACAGAAGCACCCCAGAAUGGUGACCAUCCACUUGAAGAACAUCAGACUGAAAAUCCAGAGCUGAGCGGAGGUGAGAACUCUGAGGAAUAG